AUGUUCAAUUUCUCAAACAACGCCGGCCAGAACGGUCAGGCUGGCCAAGCCAAUCAAACGUUCCAGUUUGGAUCAAAACCUGCCCAAGACCAAAACGCUUCAGCACCAUCCACGUUCAAUUUCGGAAGUGGAAACUCUAAUGAUACGGCUGCAAGCAAGCCCGCGUUUUCUUUCUCUGGUAAUAAUAGCAACGCUGCUCCAUUUGGAGCAGCAAGUUCAAAUACAGAAAGCAAACCUUCACUUUUCGGAUCAAGCACCGCUGCUCCAGCAGCUCAGCCUAGUCAAUCUCAGCCAUCUCUGUUUGGAGGUGCUUCCACCCCAGCUAAAUCAGACGCCAAACCAGGUUUCUUCUUUGGAAACUCCAACAACACAUCAAAUAGUACGUCACUGUUUGGAGGACAGAAAACGGACGCCAAACCAGCAGGCUUCAAUCUUGGGGCUUCGCAAACGUCUGACGCUAAACCACAGACCUCAGGAGGUCUCUUUGGCGGGGCACAAUCCCAGCCAGCUGCAUCUUCAACCGCUCCUGCAGCAGGCGGAUUUAGCUUUGGUGCAAAAACGGACAAGCCAGCUGAAUCCAAGCCUCUGUUUGGAUCUACUUCUGCAACGUCUGGUUCAAAACCAUUGUUUGGAGGAUCUGAUGCAACUGCCGCUCCUGCUGCUGAUAAACCAGCCGAGAAGCCUGUGCUCUCUUUUGGAGCUUCAUCCGCACAGCCAGCGGCAAGCAAGCCAGCCUUUGCGUUCGGUGCAACCAGCGGUAAUAAAACAGAUGCUCCAGCCCCAGCUUCAUCUUCAGCUGUAUCCACGACUUCAUCUCUCUCUUUUGGCCAAAAGAAAGACGAUUCAAAACCGGCAUUUUCAUUUGGGGAGAAGAAGGACGAGCCAAAACCAGCGGCCGCGCCAAGUUUCUCUCUUGGAGGUUCUAAGCCUGACGCAUCGAAACCAGCCUCAGGCUUCUCCUUUGGAGGAUCUAGUAUAACAGCCAGUACUGGUGCUGCUAAUGGAACAAAAGCUGAAGCCAAGCCCGCAACAACAGGAUUCAGCUUUGGUACCAAGCCAGACGAUAAAGCAGCUGCCACUCCAGCUGCCCCUUCUUCGUUUUCUUUCUCUGGAGCCAAGACUGAGACAAAGCCAGCAGCAACAGGUUUUAAUCUGAACGUUUCGAAAGAUUCUGAGAAGAAGGAGGAUGCUAAACCAGCUGAGAAAAAAGAGGAGCCUAAGGCAGGAGGAUUUGCUUCUGGCACAAUUGACAAACCACAGGUGAAACUCGAAGAUAUCAAGCCACAACCUAUGUCUAUCAAGAACAAGACGCUUGAAGAUCUCAUAACUAAAUGGACUAACCAGCUUUCUUCUUCAACCAAGAUUUUCGAAAACUACAGCGACAAAAUCAACCACUGGGACCAAGUUUUGGUGACAUCGUCUGAGAAGAUUUCGAAGUUGUACGCUGACUCAUUGACGUGUGAUCAGAAGCAGUCCAAAGUUGACCAGACCCUUUCAUAUAUCGAAAAACAGCAAGAAGAGCUCGAUAAACUGCUAGAUGGCUACGAGAAACAAUCGGAGUCGUUACUUGCUUCUGUUCAGCAGGUGAAUACAACAAAUGGUAACGAGAGAGUUUUCACCAAUGAUCAAAUUAGAGAAAAUUCGUACAGACUUGCCGAGAGUCUUGAGAACAAGCUUGAUUCUUUGGGAACUAAUUUCUCUUCAUUAAUUUCGGAAGUGAACGAGGUGAGCGAUUCCUUUAACAGAUCAUUACUUUCUACGAGCUCCAAGAGCCUGGAAGAGAAGACCUCUCUUGAAGAUAUUCUGAAACUGUUGAACAACCAUCUGGAGAGUCUUAACUGGAUCGAGAAGAACGAGGGAAUGUUGAAAGAGCAGAUCGAAACGUUGAAAAAUUCUACUGUGUAA